AUGGUAGAUUUAUCACGACCCCAUUCAACACUUGAUAUGUUGGAACGCAGCUUUACAAGCGGCCUAUCAGGGGCGGAACAGACUCAAACAAUAAGCCUGGCAAAUUUGACUAGUUUAGAAGAAUUGAAGGUCCGUACAGGCUACAAAUUUGGUAUCGUGGAGCCAUCAGAGAUAACAUUUCAUAAGCAAGAUGGCGUGCAACUUCAGUCAAUAAAGGAGGUGGUUUGGUGCAAGUCCAUUAUUGAAAUCCGCAUCGCAAAAAUCCCGAUCCACCGAGUUCCAGGUCCAGACGCGUUUCCAAUUGUCGGAAACCGCCUCGAACUAUAUCCAGAUAUACUCGGCAAUGUGGAGCGCCUUUGCGCCAGAUACGGCGGGAUUAUUAAAACCAUCAAUAUGGGUUCUGUAACUUAUUACACCAACGAUCCAAGCAUUGCUCGCCACGUGCUGCGGGAAAGCGAGUUUUUCACCAAAAAGACCUCGGACCCGGCGCACCCACUCCAUUUUAUGGCAGACCAGGAGGCGCUGUUUACCUGUGAUAGCGAUUCCCCUGCCUUUGGCCCCUCGCACCGUUUCAUACCCCCUUGUAUGGCUCCCAAGGCUAUCCGACAUUAUACGCCCUCGGUGCAGCAGUGCGUUCAAAAAGUCUUGCCUGUCCUGGAUGCCAUUUCGGACUCCUCGCUUGCAUUCAACGUGUAUCAGUACAUGUUCAAACUCGCCGGGCAGGUGAUUUGGAAAAUCGUGUUCGGUGCCGAUCUGGGCCAUUUUGACAGCCUUGACGCGAAGCCCUUCGAGACCAUCCGCGACCUCGGCCAGUACGUGGCGCUGAUGAAGAGGGUUUCGCUCCGGGGCCAAUGGUACGGUUACCUCCCGUUUGGCGACCCACGACGCAUGAGAGAGGCCCGGGACCGCGUCUGGAAAGGCAUCGGCGAGGCUAUAGAGCAGGCGGCCAGGACUGGAACCGACAAUCGUGACCUCCCGCUACAGGAGGCGGCACUGCACGCGGCUUGCCUUGCAGAUUACCUGCAGAGGGCGGUGGACAAUGAAGGGAACAAACUGCCGCGGGAGUAUCUGGUCAGCAAUUGCGUGAUCCUCUUCGGGGCCGGAUUUCUCACGUCGUCUUCGCUGCUCGCAUGGUGCAUAUUUGCGCUGUGUCGCUACGAGGGGGUUCAGGACCGUCUCCUGCAGGAGCUGGUCGACCACGGCGCAAGACCCGAUGUGGUAUGGACCAUGGACCAGCUCAACGCCAUGCCGUACCUAGAUCAGUUCGUUAAGGAAACGCAGAGGAUGCACAAUCCCUCGUUUCAAACAGCACGCAACGCCCGGCGGGACGUGGUCCUCCCUGGCGGCAAAGCAAUCCCUGCAGGGUCGGUGGUCAUCCCGAUGUUCCCGGCGCUGCACAAGAACCCGGCGCACUGGGACAACCCUGCGCGCUUCGACCCGGAAAGGUGGGGCACCCCGGCGGUUAAAAAGCUUCCCCGGGCCGCGUACACACCCUUCGCGGCCGGGUCGAGGGGCUGCAUUGGGUUUAGUUUGGCGCUGUUGGAGGUUAAGAUGGCAAUGGCCAUUUUGGUCUACCGUUACAAGUUUUCAGAUGCGAGCUUGGAGCCUGUGGUUUACGAUCCCGAGUUUUUGGUUGUGAGGCCUUUGAACUUUUACGCGAAAGCAGCUAUUCGCACUGUUUUGCCGGUAGCGAGAGGGGAAGGGGCUGGAGCAUAUUAG